AUGGACAAGAGCUCCUUAAGCUAAAGAAAAUUGCCGUUUGGGAUAUACAUUGAAUGGUUCUGUUUGUGGUAACUAGUCUAAAUACCUGUAAAAGGGUAGUUUUAUAAAGGAAUCAGUUUAUGCUAAAUUUAAUUUAUUGGAAUAUACAAUCAAGCUUUCAGAUAAGGAAAGUAGAUCUAUCAAUUGGAUGGCACAAUUAUGUAAAAAUAAAGUAAUUUCUUAGAGGAGGAGGAUUACAUAACAAAGAAAGAUUCAAGGAAUGA